CAGAGGGAGGAGGAUUGUGAAAGGGUGGAGUUCAAUCAGUCCAACAUCAGUGAAGCAAAUUAAGACUCGCUGUCACCUCGUUCCUCACAAAUCCCAUCAUGCCCACGGCGUUCAGGUCCUAUUUUGUGCCCGGCGGCUUCAUAUUGGCGUACAUCACUUAUUUGCUGUUGGGAGCUCUGGCUUUCUCUGCCUUCGAGCGGCCCGUCGAGGAAGCACUGAAGUCAGACCUGAUCUCCCUCAAAGCCGAGUUCCUCAACCUCAGCUGCAUCAACGCCACGGCUUUUGAAGUUUUCUUGGAAAAAGUUUUAAGAGCGAAUAAAUACGGCGUGUCGGUCCUUGAAGAUUCCCGCACAAACUGGGAUCUGGCGUCUUCGCUGUUCUUCGCGAACACGAUGGUCACGACAGUGGGAUACGGCUACACUACGCCGCUCUCUGAUGCGGGUAAAGCUUUCUCCAUCGUGUAUGCUCUGAUUGGAGUACCCUUCACCAUGCUAGUGCUCACAGCCUGUGUCCAGCGCCUCAUGCACCCGCUGACCUACGGGCCGAUCUCCACGUGCCAGCAGAGGGCAGGCCUGCAGCCACGCGCCGCCAGUGUGCUGCACUUCACCGUUCUGCUGUUUCUGGUGGUGCUUGGCUUCUUCGUGUUGCCUGCUCUGGUGUUCAGUGCCAUAGAAGAAACCUGGUCUUUCUUAGACGCCUUCUACUUUUGUUUCAUCUCCCUCUGCACUAUAGGACUGGGAGACUUUGUGCCGGCAGAAAAGCCAGGACAGAAACUCAGAGCUUUAUACAAGAUAACAGUCAUGGUCUACCUGUUUGUGGGUUUGAUGGUCAUGUUCCUGGUCCUUCGUACUUUUCACAAGCUUGCAGAUGUGCACGGCUGGACUGCUUUCUUUCAUCUGCCGACCUGCGAGGAAGAUGAGGAUAAAGAGCCAAUAAUAGAACGAGAGCCUGAUGACGAAUCGGCCGAGGCUAAGAAAGCCUCAAUUAAGCCUCUGGAUCCCAGCUCUCAAGUGUCCUACAACUCCAUCAACAGAUAAAACACCAGUGUGCUCCACAUUCUGAGGAUGGCACGCACCAUCAGUGUCCUGCACUUGUAAAUUGUCUGGACUUGUAACAAACACCUAAAGACAAUAGAGUAUGAAGAUGUACAGUACAGUACACCUCACUGCUGGACAGAACCGCUUCUGAUGCUUUUCAGGAGCAAAGCAUCAUUUUCAUGAACCAAAUGACUUUGUUUUUUCCUCUGUUUUCAGUUACUGUUGAGUUUCCAUUUCUGGUCUUUAAGACUAUAGGGAUAUUGACAUUGCUCUAGGAAAUUGAAAACUUGCUCAUUGUGUCCUAAGUGUGAAUCUACUUUAGUGUUGAUUUGUUUAGCAGUCGUAACUGAUGACUGUUUUCAGGUUAAGUUACCUUUUUUUUUUUUUGGAUGGCCUAAGACUGCUCUUGACCACAGAAACGGGAAGAGAAUGCCAAUACUAUUGUGUGUGUGUGUGUGUGUGUGAAAUGAAUUGAUUCAGUUUUCAGAGCUAAUCAGUGGCGGUUCUAGAUGUCCAAGCAUGUGGAGAACUUCAUAUGCACUUUAUAAUUGGCUUUUUAUAUAGGUUUGUGCAAAACACAAUCUUUUUGUCUUUAUUAUAGUACUGUAUGUUAAUUAAAUAUUCUGUAUCAUUACAAUUGUAUUUUCAAUGUUGGAUUGUAGGGAAGAAAUAUUCACUGUCAGAAGAACAAAAGGUGAUUUUAAGAAAUGCAUACACAGAAAAAUAAAAUAAAAGUAUUUUUGGUA